AUGUCGGAGUUCGUUUCAAUCACCACACCCCUGCGAGAGUUCAAAGGUCAUGAAGAGUGCAUAAUGGCCGCAGUCGCAGUGCUCCCCGAUAAACGACGGAUGGUUACGGGCUCGUGCGACAAGACGCUUCGGUUAUGGGACUUGAAGACAGGCGUUGUGUUGAAGAAGAUGGAGGGGCAUCGCAGUGACGUGCAGGUAUUGACUGUAUCACGAGAUGGGCAAUUGGUAGCAAGCGGUGAUCUGAAGGGAGGGGUCAUCGUCUGGCAUGGAGAAACUGGCGAAUUACUCACCGAGCUCAUCAAAGCCCACUCCAGUUGGAUCUACUCGCUGGAUUUUUCUCCUGAUGGAACAGUGCUGGCUACUGGUUCAUGUGACGGGAUGAUGAAACUCUGGAACACCGAAACCUGGGAGCUACAAGGAGAUCCUAUCAAGUGUGGUUCUGUCAAUUGCGUGCGGUAUUCGCCAUCCGGAGAACUUCUUGCCAUCGCAACAAAAGACAAUAUCCAAAUUUAUAAUCAAAGCACGAGGAAGAUUAUUGCAUCUUUCAAGGGUCACACAUUCAACAGGUCACUUGCAUGGACGCCCAAUGGACGCCUUAUCACAGGUGGCGGUAGUUCUGAUCCUACCAUACGCGAAUGGGAUACAACAACCUGGAAGCAGGUCGGCGAUUCCUGGAUAGGAGGUCACUCUAGCCAAAUCAAUGUCAUUGCCAUUAAUCCUGCUGGCACACUCGUCGCCUCUGCAUCUGAUGACAACCACAUCUGUCUCUGGCAGAUCUCAGAUGGACGAAUUAUUGCAACCUUCAAGCACUCAUCUACGCCGUUAUGUGUCAUUUUCUCCAUGAACGGCAAGCGCAUCCUCAGUGGAGGUGAAGAUAAGAUCUCAGAGUGGGCGGUACCUUAUGAUUUUCAUCCGAAGAUUCUCGCCAUCACUACAGCCCGCGAUGCAUGCCUAGAUGGUGACUUAUCUACCGCUGAAGACCGACUCACGCAAGAUAUUAAUACCGAUGCCAACAACCAUACUUCUUAUGCUCAUCGCUCAUUCGUGAUGGCUCGACGACACAACUGGGACCACGCCCUUCAAGAUGCAAUAAAGUCCAUCAUCAUUCAGCCCUCAUUGAUAGGCUACAUCUCCAAGGGUAUUGCGCUCUGCGGAAAAGGCCAGGUCCUAGAUGCGAGGGCGGCAUUUGAUGUUGCAUCAAUGUACACGGACCAAGAUCCACAAAUCCUCCAUUUCCUGAUCUUGAUCAAAGCCAUCGCCCUCUUCAAUGCGGACCAACAUGAUGAGGCAAACCUGCUUCUUAAAGAACUUGUUACCGGUUGUCCGAAUGGUGAUACUCUCGCGUGUUGUGUCGUGGAAGCAUAUAUUCAUAUUCAACUCGGAAUCAAGGCUUUGGAUGGCGCACGCUACGAAGAAGCUGCUGAACAUUUUACAGCCGUUCUCAACUCCAGCGCCUUCUCGUGGAGUUUACCCAUACAUGUUUUGUACGAGGAUCUGGUGGUGCUCUUUGGCUGGGAUCUCGAAUCACUGUGGCUCACCGCACACCAGCAACGUUGUCAUGCACUCCUUCAGGCAGAUAAACUUUCAGAUGCUGUGAAAUCAUACCGAUAUAUGAUGGACAAUAUUGACGAAGCAACGAAGGCAAUCUGUCUUGAAUGGUCCCACGGCAACGGGCUCUUUCUUGCCGGCGGGGAUACUGCCCUCGCUGAAAAAGAAUUUGACACUGCUAUUGACUUGUACUCGGCUGCAAUCGACCUAACUUCUCCAUCCGAUGAUGUCUUUGCAAAUCGUGGUAGGGCCAAGUUAGGCAAAGGGCUAUGGGAGGAUGCGCUUCUCGACGCGCGAAAGGCCACUGAACUCAAUCCUUCGUCCCAUGUGGGAUACCAGUUGACACAUGUGGCGCUGCGUGGCGCACAACGUUACGACGAAGCCAUCAAUGCCUUCAAAAUCAUGUUGUCUAAAUUGGAUGAUUCUUCUGCCAAUGCACAGAUAUGUUAUCUGCGUCAGCAGUAUGUGUGUCCAUCUGAAGCAGAAGACGCUAUUCAAAAAGCUAUUUUGAUCGAACUCGAAUAUGCCCCACUACGUCUACUUAACACCUCCACGGGUCUUUUGUGCGAUCGAGCGGCACAAAUAAACGCCUUCAAAAUGAGUGCAGAGUACAAACAACUUUUGUCAUUCACAACAAAACACUCAGACCUCCAAAUAGACGAUAUCAACCAAGUAGUAGCAAAAUACUUCCGUUGUGUCAUGCUAUCACACAGGUGGGAAGAGAAGGAGGUGCUGCUGCAAGACAUCCAGGAUAAAGAUGUGCGCGAGUUGAAGGGACUCGGCGGUAUCGCAAAACUGCAGUCAUUCUGCAAAGUCGUUCGCGAUGCUGGGUAUCAUUGGGCAUGGAUGGACACAUGCUGCGUUGACAAGAAGAGCAAUAGCGAGCUUCAAGAAUCGGUCAACUCCAUGUUCGUCUGGUACCGCCAUUCAGCGCUUACCAUCGUCUACCUAUGCGAUGUCCUUCCCUCAUCCCAACCCGGUGCACUUGCCAGGAGUGUUUGGAACACGCGAGGAUGGACCUUUCAAGAAUUUCUCGCUCCGAAAGUUGUUAUCUUCUAUCGGAAGGAUUGGUCAUUAUAUCUCGACGAUCGCUCUCACAAUCACAAAGAGUCCCCUGCAAUCAUGAAGGAGUUGGAGGAUGCGACGGGCAUAGAUGCGCGGGCCCUGGUGACCUUCAGUCCAGGUAUGAGCGAUGCCCGAGAGAAGCUGCAAUGGGCAUCGAAGCGCGUGACUACUGUGCAAGAAGACGUUGCGUACUCAUUAUUUGGCAUCUUCGGCAUCACCCUACCUGUCAUUUAUGGCGAGAAGAAGCAGAACGCGCUCGGACGGCUUCUACAGGAAAUUGUGGCUCGGUCAGGCGACAUCACUGUCCUCGACUGGAUCGGAGAACCUUCCGAGUUUAAUAGCUGUCUUCCAGCCCAUAUCACCUCUUACACCACCCAUCCACACACCCAUUCACCUUUGUCCGAAAAUCAUAUUCACAGACAAGUCUUUUCGCUGCGACAAACUGUGCCUGCAGAUGUUGCAUUGAAAUUUUAUGGCCAACUUGAACAGCUUCGAGCUCCUCGCUUUGCAAACUGCAGACUUCACCUGCCUUGCAUUUCAUUCCGUGUCACGGAAGUCAGACGGAAGCACGGUCUAGCCCAGGAAACUUCCAUGACGUAUGGAAUCAAGGCAGACGGGCUUCACGACCUGCUGAUCACCACUGAAGAGACCCUAAUUCAGUUCUCGCAGGCAAGGCCCAUUCGGCAAACGUUCUUACUUGUCCGUCCAUGGGAUCGGCAUCUCCUCGAGGUACCCGACUAUGCAGAGCAGCCUGACUUCGCAGACGAUACAGAGAGCAUAGGAAAUUGGACCGAGCCAGGGUCCUUGGUGAGCAACUCUGAGCAGUUACCUGGCGGCGGUUUACCUGUUGAAGAGGAGUCUGGCUCACGAGCGUUGCGAUUGAUGGUUCUCCUCGGACAGCCUUUCGACGCACUUUUAUUAGCGCAGCAGCAUGUCGGAGAAUACAAGAGGAUCGCGUCGGACUAUAGCAUCAUUGCACGAGUCAAAGACAUUGCAUCGGUUGAUAAGAUGGAUAUCGAUACCGUUGAAAUACUCUAG